AUGCAGAUUGGGCUACAUUCUCAUUCGAAAAUUCAACCAGAAGAGGGGCCAGAAGAGGGCACAACGUUAUCCGAACGAGACUGCGCUGGCGUUAUCGGAGUCGACUUUGUUGAGGUCUUCGGCUGCUUCUUCUCAGCCUUCUUGCUUUCUGGCGCCUUCCUCUUUGUCACGGCCUUGGCCUUCGCAGCUGGCUUAGCUUUGGCUUCCGCUUUUAGUGCGGAAACAGAAACGGACUUCUUAUUCUUCUUCGCCGGAAGCUUGAAGGAACUCUUCACCUUCACGAGUUUGUCGUUGGACACGAGCUUCUUCAGCUCGAGGAGCAGGACCUUCCUGAAAUUGGCCGGCAGGUUCUUCUGUUUGUCCUCGAUGAACUUCGCGAUGGCGGGCUGGCUGGAACCCGUCCGCUCCUUCAGCGUCACGAUCGCAUCCUUAAUCAUCUACAAAAUCCACUGGAAAAUUCAGAUCCAACCACAAGAAGUAAAAAAAUCCGAACAAAAAAAAAUUAAAAAAAAAGGUACAAAAUCACGGUUUAAUCGCGGAUUGAUCAAUCAAUACCUCGAAGUACGGAGGGUGUGUGGGGGCGGUGUGCUUCUUCCGAGCAGGCUCGAGCGGGACAACUUGCUCUUCAACGUUGGCCAUGGAGGAAUUCACUGA